AUGGACCCAUCAGCAGACACCACGCCGCCGGUAGCCGUGGGCGCGGCAGAAGCUGGAUCGUCGGCUGUUGAUCCUGCCGUGAGCAGCGGCGAUGUGGCCGAGGCUGUGGCCAAGGGUGAGACGACUGCGGUGAGCGAGACUGCUGCUCCAACAGUGGUUGCAUCGUCGCCAGCCACUGGUAGCGAGCCCGUCGCUGAUGCCGUGGCGACAACAUCUUCGGUGCCAGUCGGGAUGUCACCUGCUCAUGGAGGCGACGUUGCGGGCGCCGGGGUUGCUGCAGCUGUCCCCGGCGAAGCUGUGAUGGGAGAAGGGCUGGGCGCCGGGAAGACGUCUCACGGCGUUGGUGCUGCCGCCGCUGAGAGCCCCAAGCCCAAGAAGGACGAGCAUGCUGACAAGCACGCAAGCCUCAAGAAAAAUGCCAUGAAGGCGGUGAAGAUGGCGUACAGCCAGUACAAGAAGCACAAGAAGAAGAAAAAGUAUGGCAGCACUACCCACGGCUCCUCCUCCUCCGGCGGCGGUUCCCACGCCGUGAGCGAUAUCAUGGGCGACAUCGGUGGGGGCGACGGUGGCGAAUCGAGCUCCUCGUUGAGUUCGGAUGACGAUGGCGACAUGAUGGACUCCAUCAAGGGAAUGUUGGGAUCUCUCGGAAUGGACCCUGAUAUAUCGCUCACGAAGAUGGCCCACUCGUUUGGGCUCGGCGGUAAUGGGUCCAGCUCGUCUUCGUCCUCGGAAGCGGAGGAUGACUGAUUUUUUUUCAGGUCUUCGGUCUUGAUCGUCGAUGAACCGUUUGUGUAAACGAAUCAGCGUGGCCUCAUCAACUUUACUUGGUCUUUUUCUCCGGCGGUGCGUUUCUCUAUCCGGGGGGGGGGGUACUCAUAGUCGUGCAUGCCGUAGUCGUUAGACCAUUGACCUUCUUUCCCUAAAUGCCGGGACGGAGUACUCGAAGGUUCUCCCCGGACAUGGUUCUUACUAAGCGCGAAGUGCUGUGAGGUAUUCGGCGAGUGGCAUGGAGGGUGCGCUGCAUCCUGCUAAGGGUUUCGACAUCUGGUGCUUACUUCCUUGCAUGAUGACACCUACGAAUGUCUUCCUUCGAAGUACUUAUCUUCUGGUGCUUUUACUUCUAGAGACAGUUGUAAUCACUCUGUGUAACUGCCUUGAGGGCGCUUGACCAACUUAACCCAACGUGGUGCGAUCAUCCCCCUUGCGCGGAGUGAGGGUUCUCGAACCCGCACAAAAUAUUCUACUCGACCACCAUUUUGAUCCGGGGAGGGGGGAAGGCGUUACUCGUUUGUUCAUGUGUGGAGACCCCUCCCUGCGGUUGGUCCCCAAGUUAGCUGUGAUCGAAAUCGGUUUUGUUGUCGGUGUGCAUGUAUUUUGAUAUCACAUGGACGAGAGAAAAAUAUCAACAGAACUAUAUUGGGUGCGCCAAGGUGCUCUACGGUUUCUCCCCAUUUAUGAUACACGUUCAAGGCGGGGAGAGACGGUCAGAUGGUAACACUAAGUUCGGUAUGAGCUCCUGUACUUUUUAGCCCCGUUUUUUGUGUAUUCCGUUUUGGUAUCCAUGUUGACUGUCGCAGAGGUUUCUUGCAUGUGUCCAGCCUUUCACGGCUGCUUUCGGGUGUGGCAAGCAGGGCUUUCGACGUGUAAAGUGUACUCAGCACUAGAUACGGAUAUACGGAGAUCUAGGGGGUUUCGUGUAUCAUGUUGGCAUGUGCUUGUGGAACGGCGAUCCCCCUUCUGCCCUUCAUGGUUAACAUGUUGUAUCAAGGUUCUGAGUCAACCUUUUCUCCGUAACCUCUGACGGAAAGCACGCCCGCUACCCAACACGACGAAAAAUUUAGUGAAGCCUAGUCAGUUCCGGUUGAUCA